AAUCCCGGUGAUAAUAAUGUGUGUUUGCUUAAGUUUGAUGGCACCAUGCAUUGAGUUGUGUACAGCAACAGAUACAAAAGAUCAAUGAAAUAAUGUUACUCAUGGCUAAACUCCUAUACAGCCUGAGCCAAACAAAUACAAAAUGGAAAUCUAUUUGUAGAAGACAUUUUGACUAAACACAUUAAUAAAAUGUAGGGGGGAAUGUGGGAAUGUACUAUUUGUCUAUCUCUCUGUUUUAUUUUUCUGUAUCUUACUAAAGGACUAGGGUCCCUUUCAAGCAAUGCUAUACGUAAGACCUGUUUCCUGUCAGAGGCGAAGUCACUCCCCAGUCACCGGAAAGAAGAACUUUCUGCUUGCAUAGCACGAACCGACUUACUCUCGGCUCCUCUCUGCUGAUUGACGAUACUGAUAUUCUCCACCUCAGGCUUUUGUCUCUCCCUUCAGACUGGUCUAACACACAUUUUUGGAGGACUGGCUGUGGAUGUAAAGCUUUGUUGAUAUAAAACAGACUGCUGAGAGUUUUUGCCUGGCUGAAAGUGAAAUUUUUAAGUGACUUGGAAGAAUGGCAUCUAGUUCUUUUUUUGAGGAGGAUUUGUCUUGUCCAGUGUGCUUAGAUAUUUUUAGAAAUCCUGUCGUUCUGUCCUGUAGUCACAGUUUCUGUGAACAUUGUAUUCAGAGGUUUUGGAGAAAGAAUUCAUCUAAAACAUGUCCAGUUUGCAGAAAAGAAUCUUCACACAAACAUCCUCAAUUAAAUUUGGCUUUGCGGAACCUGUGUGAAACCUACCAACAAGAGAGAAUACAGAAAUCUCCAUCUGGAGUCUGCAGCGAUCACAAUGAGAAGCUCAAACUCUUCUGUCUGGAUGAUCAACAGCUCGUGUGUUUGGUGUGUCGAGACUCCAGAAAACACUCCAACCACAGAUUCUGUCCUGUCGACGAAGUUGCGAUGGACAAUAAGAAGGAACUUGGAUAUUCACUGGGACACUUACAGAAGAAACUGAGAAUAUUUAUGAAUUUUAAACAGACUUUGGAUCAAACUGCUCAACAAAUUAAGAUUCAGACUCAAGACACAGAGAUUCAAAUAAAUAGGGAGUUUGAGAAACUUCACCAGUUUCUACGCAAAGAAGAAGCAGCCAGAAUAAAAGCGCUGAGAGAAGAAGAGAAGCAGAAGAGUCAGAAGAUAAAGCAGAAGAUUGAAGAGACGACCAAACAGAUUUCAUCUCUCACAAACACAAUCAGAGACAUAGAGAAGCAGAUGAAGGCUGAAGAUGUGUCAUUCCUGCAGAACUUUAAGAGCACAUUGCAAAGAGCUCAGAUUAAACUGCCGGAUCCACAGAAUAUUACAGAGAUGAUCAGUGUCCCGAAACACCUGAGCAACCUAAAGCUCACUGUGUUGCAGAAGAUGCAGGACAACAUGAAAACCUCGGAUGUCAACACACAUGCAUAUAGGCCCCCACUCCCACCACGCAAUUUCAACAAAGGGGGAGCACCCAAACCCAUUUUACACAAUUUCAACAGAGCUGGAGCCCCCCGACCAUCACCAUCUCCACUCCCACCCACACUCAAACCCAUUUUACACAAUUUCAACAGAGCAGGAGCCCCCCCACCAUCACCAUCCCCACUCCCACCCACACCGCCACCCAUUUUACACAAUUUUAACAGAGCUGGAGAACCCCCACCACCCACACAAAAUUGUGAGAUUCAGUUCCCAGGUGUCAAAAGUUUAGUGAAGAAAAUAAAUGAACAAAUGAGGAUGUGAAGAAAAUACAACUGAAAUGUUAAAGGCACAAUAUGUAAGGUUUUUGCAGUAAAAUAUUCAAAAACCACUAGGCCAGUGUUAUAUAUU